AACAAAAUGGAAGGCAAAACAGUUAUCAUUACAGGCGCCAACAGCGGCAUUGGCAAGGAGACAGCACGCGACUUGGCCAAGCGCGGAGCUCGCAUCAUUAUGGCGUGCCGAAAUCUGGAGACGGCGAAUGCCGUUAAAGAGGAAAUCACAAAGGAGACUGGCAACAGCAAGUUGAUUGUUAAGAAAUUGGAUUUGGGCUCACAGAAGUCGGUACGCGAAUUUGCUGCCGAUAUUGUAAAGAAUGAACCGAAAAUUGAUGUACUCAUACACAAUGCUGGCAUGGCGCUGGCAUUCCGUGGACAAACAAGUGAAGACGGCAUUGAAUUGACAAUGGCUACCAAUCAUUAUGGUCCAUUUUUGCUUACUCAUUUGCUGAUUGAUGUUUUAAAGCGUAGCGCACCAUCGCGCAUUGUUAUUGUUGCUUCCGAAUUAUAUCGCUUCGCUUCAGUGAAUUUGGAUAAACUCAAUCCGAUUGGUACAUUCCCAGCUGCAUAUCUGUACUACGUGUCCAAAUUCGCCAACAUUUAUUUUGCACGCGAAUUGGCCAAACGCCUGGAAGGUAGCGGUGUAACGGUGAAUUUCUUGCAUCCAGGCAUGAUUGAUUCGGGUAUCUGGCGUAAUGUACCCUUCCCACUCAACUUGCCGAUGAUGGCUAUAACAAAGGGAUUUUUCAAGACAACAAAAGCAGGUGCACAAACUACCAUCUAUUUGGCCACUUCCGAUGACGUGGCCAAUGUCUCGGGCAAAUAUUUUAUGGACUGCAAAGAGACAACUUUGAGUGCUGCUGCGAUGGAUGAGGAGAAGGGUCGCAAGUUGUGGGAGGAGUCACUUAAGUUGGUCAAGUUGACUGCACAAGACCCAAAGAUCUAAUCAUAUUGAUAAUUACAAGUAAUUUAAGUUUCAGAGCGUGCAAUAUUGCAUUUUUAAUGGAAUUAUAAAAUAAAUUGUAUUUCUAGUUUUUGCUAUAUUUGUUUAAGUAUGUAUGGAAAAAAUCUCUAUUACCUACCUAUUA